UCAGUUUUUGUGGCCUCCAUUUCUUGGCAGCCUUGGGGCGCGGCUCAUAUUCUUGGAGCUGAAACCGUGGGCAUCUCCAUCCAUUCUGAUUUAACCGCGCCGUGGCCUGGCCGCAGCAUCAACAGUAACCUUGGGGGCUUCAUCGUCGAAACCAAGUUGAGGCUCAAGACGAUCUCCCUGCCGUCCGGCAAGACUGAUCCCGGAUCCUCAUACUUGAUCAAUGCGCCAGAAGCUCUCGUCCAGGAUCCCUUUCACACCCCCGCGCAACUCGUCUCAUACGCGGUUGACGCCAUACUUGUUUAA